AUGCGCAAGAUGGACGGCGGGGUCCCGCCCCUGGAGAUCGGGGAGGCCGACGCCAGCUGGGAACUCAUCAGGGACAAGGUGAUUGAGGAGCGCUUCGGGCCGACGGUGGUGCCGGUCCCCUUUCUGGAAGACGCCGCCUCCUACGACCUGCUGAUGGUGCUGGUCAAGAAGCCCCAGCUAGGCCAGAGCCUCCUGCGCCGGCCACGCUGCCUGGUGCCGGUCGGGCCCCUGGAGAACCUGCUGCACGGGGCCACUGCCGCACGGGAGCUGACCCACUGCACCCGCGAGUACAACGCCCGGGUGCGGGGCGAGUCCCGCUACGAGGAGACGCGGCUGGUGGAGGGGGCCCUGCGGCACAUCCGCCUGAGCAUGGCGGGCGUCCACAAGAAGGUGGCCUUCCUGGUGCUGCGGCCCGGCGUGGUGGCCCUGCGGCCAGACCUGCCCUGGCUGCGCUCCCAGAGCAGCAUCUACGUCAUCUACGAGGUCUUCUACUGCGGCAGCCUCCGCCUGGCCGUGGCCCAGGGGGCUGAGCAGCGCGCCCUGCAGCUGGACCGGCCCCUGCCCGUGGCCUUCUCCUGCCUCAAGUUCGCCCUCAGCAGCAAGGGGGUGCUGGGCUCCCAGAAGCCCAUGGGCCACAGCCUGCCUGCCAGAGCAGCCUGGGUGCGAAUGGCGGUGCUCGAGGCCCCCAGCCCGCCUGCCGUGCCCCUGCAGCUGCCCCUGCCCAGAGAGGGGGCUGGCGGGCGGAGGCGAUGGAGACCCUUGAACCGGUCCUCCCGGACCCUGGCAGGGAAGUGGCCAUUCAAACGGCAGCGGCCCAGGCUGGGCGCCUCCACCAUGAGCCUGAGCGACCCAGACAGGCGCUCCAUGGCCCUGCCCCUCCUGGAGAGCAUCACGGCUGAGAGCGACACGGAAGAGUGA